UUGUUGAAAUUAUCGCUAGCCAAGACUUUGUUCUUCAGCGCAAGAAAAGACUAAAGCAAACACAGAUCAGAAACAUACGAGAGACAUGGGUGAUCAUAUGGAAGAUUUGAGAAGCACAGAAGAGUAUCUGGACGAUGAAGUUGAACUUCCAGGGUUUCGAUUCCAUCCCACAGAUGAGGAACUCGUGAGAUUCUACCUCAGAAGGAAGCUUGACAAGAAACCCAUCAGUAUCGAACUCAUCAAGCAGAUCGACAUUUACAAAUACGACCCUUGGGAUCUUCCAAAAGCUAGCUGGACGGGAGGAGAGAAGGAGUGGUACUUCUAUUGCAGAAGAGGAAGGAAGUACAAGAACAGUGUGAGGCCGAAUAGAGUGACAGGAUCAGGGUUCUGGAAAGCAACAGGGAUAGACAAGCCUGUGUAUUCUCUCGGAGGGGAAGGCCAUGACUGUAUUGGCCUCAAGAAAACCCUCGUCUACUAUCGUGGCUCUGCUGGCAAAGGCACCAAAACUGACUGGAUGAUGCAUGAGUUUCGUCUUCCCUCAAACAUUGACCCCACUAAUAUCAAUGCCCAAGAAGCUGAAAUUUGGACGCUCUGUAGAAUUUUCAGAAGAGCUUCGACGCAGAGAAAGUGCACGCCAGAUUGGACACACAUGGUUGCGAAGCGUCGUUCCAGUGACAAGAUCAAUAGAAGAUCGAUGAGCAUUAAUAAUAGCGGUGUGGAGUCUUGUAAUAGUACUGUUACUUAUGAUCAAGAAGCGUAUAUCAACUUUGGAGGCAGCCCGGAGCAGAAACCUGUUGUUCAUAAUAACUACACGAGCAAUCCUCAUUAUUAUAAUGAUCAAAGGAAUCAUCACGUGAGCCAUUUCAGCACUUCAGUAUCAGCAGUGAUGACACAGCAGCCUCAUCCUCAUCAGCAAUUAACUACGUCGUCGUCACCAUCAUCAGCUCUGAACUUCUGGCAGGCUUCCAAUGACCUGCUUAAAUUUGAGAACUCAUGGAAUGAGCUUGAAUCAGUCGUGCAAUUUUGCUCUUGAUUGACCUUCAUUCAGAACUUCAUUAUUCUCUUUAAUAAGAUGCUAGUUAGGAGGUAGUUUUAGUUGAAUAUCGUUGCACGAUUGUAUUUAGACAUGUUAAAUACAUAGGAGAGAGUGGAUUUGAGUCGAGGAGAGAGUUAUACUGUUAAACAUGUAAUUUGACAGGACGCUUUAUUGACUUGAUAUGAACGUGUUGCUUUGUUGGUUUCUCAUUA